UUCUAAUCUGUCUUUCAGCUCAUCCAAACAAUGAUUUCGAUUUCGACAUGGAGGCGGAGAAGCCGAAAAGCCGGCGGUGGCCGCCGUGCCGGUGAUAACCACCAACAACCAGAAUUGGAAGUCACCAUCCCAACCCACUUCAGGUGUCCAAUUUCACUAGACUUUAUGAAGGACCCUGUCACAUUAUCCACCGGAAUCACCUACGAUCGCGAAAGUAUAGAGUCCUGGAUCGAAUCCGGCAAUUACACUUGUCCUGUUACAAAUCAAGCUUUGAUCAACGCCGAACAGAUACCGAAUCAUACCAUAAGGAAGAUGAUCCAAGACUGGUGUGUCAAGAAUCGAUCUUAUGGCAUCGAAAGGAUUCCAACCCCUCGAGUUCCAGUGACCUCAAUUGAGGUUAUGGAGAUUCUUUCUGAAAUUAUGGAUUCCACAAGGGUUAAUGAUCAAUCCAAGUGCAGGAAUUUGGUGAUGAAGAUCAGGAAUAAAGGGAAGGAGAGUGAUCGGAACAAGAAGUGCAUCAAGGCUAAUGGCGCCGGCUGGACUUUAUCGGCGGUUUUCAAAGCUUUUGCAGCAAUUUCGUUUGAGAAAUUUUCAGGGCUAUUGGAAGAGAUCUUGUCAGCACUGACCUUAAUGUUUCCACUUGAUAGGGAAGCUGCUUCAUCCUUAGCUUCACCGGAUUCUUUAAAUUGCUUGGUAAGGUUCUUGAAUUCUGGUGAUCUUACUUCAAGACAAAACGCGGUUUUAGCCAUUAAAGAGAUGCUUUCUUUGGGUGAAGAACAUGUUGAUGCCUUAGCAAGAAUUGAAGGAGCAAAAGAAGCAAUAGUUAAGUUAAUCAAAGAACCCAUCUGCCCUACUUCUACUAAAGCUUCUUUGAUGGUUGUUUACUAUAUGGUUUCAUCAUUCAAUUCAAGAGAUGAGAUCAGAACAGAAUUUGCAGAUAUGGGUUUGGUAGAAUUACUACUUGAGAACCUUGUUGAUACAGAGAAGAGUCUGUGUGAGAAGGCUUUGGGUGUUCUUGAUGGGUUAUGUUGCAGUGAAGAAGCUAGAGAGAAAGCUUAUAGUCAUGCCUUAACCAUACCAGUUAUAGUUAAGAAGAUUCUGAGAGUAUCAGAUAUGGCUACUGAGUUCUCUGUUUCCAUUAUUUGGAAGCUCUGCAAAUUUGAGAAGAGGGAUGAUGGAGGUGUUCUAGUUGAAGCUCUGCAAGUGGGUGCUUUCCAGAAACUAUUGUUGCUCUUACAAGUUGGUUGUUGUGAGAUGACAAAGGAGAAGGCAAGUGAGCUUUUGAAAUGGUUGAAUCUAAACAGAGACAAGUGUGAGUGUAUUGAUUCAAUGGAUUUCAAGGGGAUCAAAAGAUCAUUUUGAAUGUACAAAAGUGUACUGAUGAAUAUACCAUUUUUUAUAUUGGUGAUCAAAAUUUUAUAUAUUGAUUCAAAGGGGAAAAAUAAAAGAGAAAAGAUUUAUACCUAUAUAUUAUUUGGUCUAUUUGGAGAUUUUGAAGCUUUGAUUGUGUCUUAAAUCUAUUGUUAAGAAAAUAAUUAUGUGUUUUGUC